AUGUAUAGACUGGAAUUUCACUUUUCACACUCUUGGGAAGGGUUCGGACGGCACAGGUUGCGCGGCAUGCUUUUCACUCACUCACCUUUCCGUGCUCCACGAGAUCAUCUAAGGCCACUUCAGCUAACAAAAGCACCCAUAAAAAGCACACCACUGACUGAGCUUGACGUCGAUAUCGUGCAAAACACAUCUUCCGCCCCGAAAAGUAUCACUUUGUCGACCAUGGCUACUUCUCGCAAACCUAGCCCGGACAAGUCCUCCAAAUACGCCGUCGCAGCCUCUAGAGGCUUUAGCUACUACCUCCCCAAGCCAGCCCAACAAGAUCUCCUGAAAGCCCUCAGGCAGCUUCCAUCUCCAACACAGUCCAUUUACGAUGAACACUACCGCGAUCUCAUGUGUGCGAAAGCAUGUGCGCCGGAGUCUGCAACGGCCAUGGCGAAGUUCGUGACAGAGAGCUUUCCAAUGAUUGCGAAGCAGCACAACGCAUUUUUCAGGAAGAUGAAUGAAGAGAUAGACAGCAACGAACACGAGGGGUAUGUGCCAGUUAUUUUUCCGAACGUGCAUAAACCGGAGGCUCGGCUUGAGGAGGGGAAUGCAAGAAAGACUGGUAGAAGCGCGAAGCGAAAGCAGACUACUGCUUCAGUCACAAAGCCAGCGCUUCGUGGAGACACACUCAACAAGAAGGCAAAGAUCAAGACAAUUGCCCAGCUAACUACAAGUCUUGGGCCGGGGCCCGAUUUACUAUCUUCUCCUUCACCAACUCACGGUCCAGACGCUGACGCCCCUUUGUCCUCUCAAUCUCAAUCAAACGAGACCGAACCUUUGAUCGACACUACAAAGCACCAAGAUCCAGCUCCUCUCACCCCCGACUCCAACCACAGCAUCAACCUCAAACACGCCACAUCCCCAGCCCAUCUCGAUGCGCAACCUCAUCCCACCUCUCCGCCAUCAAACACACCACCCAGCCCAAACCUCAGCACCCCAGCCCCCACAUCCACGACGUCAGAACACGGCCUCCAGAGCGCCCACGCCCAAGAAUCCAGCCCCCGCAGCGAAGAAACAAGCCCUCGAGAUCCCGCAGCUCGCGAUACAACAACAACACCACCACAACCACCACUUCGCACCACAACCGAAGACCCGAAUCCCACGCUAACAGCGCGAGAGCACUGCAUCCCACCUCCCCCAAACCCCCUCGCCGACGCGGCUACCGCAUCCUUCACGUCCCUCUCGGAAGAGCACUCGCGGCGGGUGGCUGGACGGGGGCGGGCGGGUGUUUACUACGACGACGUCGACAUGGAAGGUGGUCGUGGUCGUGGUCAUGGGGAAGUGUCUGCGGCGCUGUUUCGGGGCGAUUACUGGGGGGGAAGGAGAUGA